CACAUCGCGGAAUCAAUAUCUACUGUGAACUAUAUCAAGGCCAUCCCAUAUACGUCAUUUCUCGUGAGCAGUGAAAAGUUGAAUAUAAUCUAAGGAAGUGAAUCGCGACAACUUUAGGUGUGAUAAAUACAUUUAUACGGUGGCGUAACUUCAUUUCACAAUCAACAACCAACAUGGCUGCAUCUUAUACACAGGGAACAAUCGUCCCUAAGAACCCCUUUUCGGCCGAGCAGGCGGCGGGCGCUCUCAGAAAGGCCAUGAAAGAGCUAGCUGACCGGCAGAUCCUGCGACUCGAGGUAAUGUCGUCCCACACCAACCAACAGAGGCAGGAGAUCUUUACCUCCUUCAAAACUCAAUUUGGCAAGGACCUGCGUUCUGAGCUGAUGUCGGAAAUCUCGGGCCGGCUCCAGGACCUCGUGCUGGCUUUGCUGGAGACGCCCGUCAAUUAUGACGCCAGGGAACUUAAAGCCGCCAUCAAGGGUGCGGGCACAGACGACGGUGCCCUUAUAGAGAUUCUGUGCUCCAGGUCCAACGAACGGAUACGGGACAUCAAACAAGCCUACAAAACAUUGUUCAAGAGUGACCUAGAAGAAGACAUCAAGAGCGUCACAAGCGGCCACUUUAAGCGCCUACUCGUCUCACAGCUGGCCGCCGGGAGGGAUGAGUCUGGUAGUGUUGACCCUGACACCGCAGCACAGGACGCUAAGAAACUAUUUGAGGCUGGUGCCAACAAACUUGGCAUAGAUGAAUCCACCUUCAAUCGAAUAUUGAGUCUAGGCUACGCUCACUUAAAGGCCGUUUUUGAGGCGUACCAACAAAACCAUGGCAAGGAUAUUGAAGCUGUCAUCCAAGCGGAGACCAGUGGCUAUCUACAGGACGGCUAUCUUGCAAUAGUAAGAAUCGCCAAGAAUCCACCUGCGUAUUUCGCUCAGCGGCUGCACAAGUCAAUGAAGGGGGCCGGUACCAAGGACUCGACUCUCAUCAGAGUAGUCGUAAGCAGAUCGGAGGUGGACAUGAUCCAGAUCAAACAGGAAUUUCAGCGGCUAUUCGGCAAGACUCUCGGUUCCUUCAUCAAUGGUGACACGAGCGGAGACUACAACUACAAGAAGUUGCUGCUAGCACUGUGCGCAGAGGAUUAAAUAAAAGGAAAUGGCACAUUAGCAUAAUAUAAAGAUAUACGGUUGUAACCAUGCGUCGGUGACAUUUAAAGCGAUUUUUGGCAAUGGAAAGAGUUGUGUAGCUAACACAAUGAUUAUUAUUUAAGAAACUGCAUCGUUUUUGACGUGUUUCUGUUAAUAGAUUAUUGUUGUGCUUAGUCUGAAUCUUGCAAUAUUUCUUGUAUUACUACGGAGAUAAUGGAGCUCUGUAAUGAACCAUAUACUUUAAUAUUUGUCUUCAGAAACUUACCAAUUACCUUAAAUUUGUAAGCCAACUAAAGGAAACCAUUUUGAAUUGUGAAUAAUUGGUAUGUUAAAACUGCACUCUCACAGAUGGAAACGUUUUGACAGCUUUUUAAUUUUUUGUCUUGGAACGAGCCAAUUUUUGCGAAAAUCUAUUUAAACCAGUUAUAUAAGACUGCUGACAAAAAAAGAUCUCGGAUUUUUAUAUUUAAGUUCAAGAAUUGAUGUUUUAUGUUUUUUCUUAAACCGUUAGUAACGGUUUAAGCCAUAAAACAUUAAUUUUCGAACGGAAUUAUGAAAAUCUGCGACCUGAUCUUUUGUCAGCAAUCUUUUAUCAUUGGUAUUCAGAUAUUUGCGCAAUAAUUUGCUCUUUCCAAGACAAGAAAUAAAAAAAGCUGUAAAAAAAGUGAUAUCUGUGAGAGUGCAGCUUUAAACUCCGCGUUAGCUUAAACAAAGUUCUGAACGAUCGGACCAAUCUAAUAUAAAUAUGUACCUCCAUUCUCAUGAGUGAAUUAUCUUUGUUGUUAAAUUAUUUAUACUAGAAGACGUACUUUACAUACUCCCUUAAUUAUUAUAAAACUUGUAAUU